UUAAAAACACGCGCUUCUUGUUUCAUCUUGCACCCUAUUGGUCAGAUUCGCUGUCCAUUUCUCUGGGUUGGCGCGUUGUUGAAUCGGCGGUGAGACGAAAACAUUAACACAAAGCAAAAACUUAUUUUUUAGAAUAUCUGCGGGCAGGUUCACGAACAUGGAGAAUGGCAGGUCUCAGUUUCCAUUUCCAUACAAACCCUAUAACAUCCAGGAGCAGUUUAUGCAAGCCCUGUAUGGGGCACUUGACCAGGGCAAAGUCGGCAUCUUUGAAAGUCCAACUGGAACGGGAAAGUCUCUGAGUCUGAUAUGUGGAGCGCUAAGCUGGCUCACGGACUAUGACGAGAAGAGAAGACAGGAGGCAGCUGCUCUGCUGCAAGAAGGAGAAACAACUCUUUCCACUUCCUCCGCUCAGUCCUCCACAAUCAGCUCCUCAGCGGAGCCUGACUGGAUCACUGAUUUUGUGCAGAAAAAGGCAGAACGUGAUUUGGUGUCAAAAUUGAAGGAGGAAGAAUUGAAAAGAAAGAAGAGAGAGGAGCGACUGGAAAUGAUCAGAAACAAUGUUCAGCUAAAGUAUGCAAUGAAGAGGAAAAGCUGUGAAGAUGAUGAGGCAUUCAAGUUGCUCCAGCUCAGUAAAGAGGAACAAACAGAGACACAAGGAGAUCAUGAAGAUGAGGAACUUAUCGUCGCAGAAUAUGAAAGCGAUGACGAGUCAAAGAGCAGGAGCAGGUUUUGUGAUGGUGAGGAUGACACAGAUGAUGAACUGGUUGAAGAACAUGUCACUAAGAUUUACUACUGCAGCCGCACUCACUCCCAGCUGGCCCAAUUUGUCCACGAGGUUCAAAAGAGCCCUUUCAGCAAGGACGUCAGUGUGGUCACGUUGGGCUCACGGCAGAAUCUGUGCAUCAACGAGGAGGUGCGUCGCCUGGGCAACAUCCAGCACAUUAAUGACCGCUGUAUGGAGAUGCAGAAAAACAAACAUGAGAAGCAGCAUGAUGAAGAGGGCGUAAAACGUAAGCGUGGCCCAGCAAAAAGUGUGUGUCCCUACAAUAAAGCUUCAGCACUGCAGCAGAUGAGGGAUGACAUUCUGGGGACAGUCCAUGAUAUCGAACAGCUGCUGAAGCUGGGCAGAGAAAAACAUUCCUGUCCUUACUACUCGACUCGCCUCGCCAUUCCCCCUGCUCAGUUGGUGGUGUUGCCCUAUCAGAUGCUGCUUCAUGAAGCUACAAGAAAGGCAGCAGGCAUCCAACUGAAGGGACAGGUUGUCAUUAUAGACGAAGCUCACAAUCUUAGUGACACACUCUCCUGUAUACACAGCGCAGAACUCAGUGGAGCACAGCUUUGUCGUGCCUACUCUCAGCUCACCCAGUAUGCUGAACGCUAUAAGAGCAGACUGAAGGCAAAGAACGUGAUGUACAUCAAGCAGAUUCUGUUUGUGAUUGAGGGACUUGUGCGGGUGCUGGGAGGUAAAGUGGGGCAGAAUCCACAGAGCCAGACUACACAAGCAGGAACUGAAAUGCACACAAUAAACAACUUCCUCUUCAAGGCUCAGAUCGACAAUAUCAACUUAUUUAAGUUACAGAGAUACUUUGAGAAGAGCAUGAUCAGCAGAAAACUGGGCGGCUUUGUGGAGAAGUACGCAGGAUCAGGUGUGAGUCUGCACACUCAGAGCAGCUCCAACAAGGAGAACCGACGCACCGAGGGCUUAAACCGCUACCUUCAAACGCUACAGAGCAACCAGAGCACUGCGCCAGUGUCUUUAGCAGACCAGCAGGGGUCUGCAGAGACAGAGAAAGUGCUGUGUGCAUCUCCCAUGAUGCAGGUGGAGGGUUUCUUCUUGGCUCUCACCAGCAGCAACACUGAUGGCAGAGUGGUGGUGCACAGACAAGGUACUUUAUCAGAGAGCAGCGCCAAGUUCCUGCUGUUGAAUCCAGCAGUCCACUUUGCACAGGUGCUGAAGGAAUGCAGAGCAGUCAUCAUCGCAGGAGGAACCAUGCAGCCUGUUUCAGACUUCAAACAAGAGCUACUGUUUUCUGCCGGAGUGGAAGAGGAGCGCAUCACUGAGUUUUCCUGUGGUCAUGUUAUUCCUCCUGAGAACAUUCUUCCCCUCGUCUUGUGCAGCGGCCCAUCCGGUCAGGAGCUAGAUUUUACUUUCCAAAACAGAGACUCUCCACGCAUGAUGGAUGAGACAGGGCGCAUUCUCUCCAACAUUUGUAACGUGGUCCCAGACGGCGUUGUGUGCUUCUUCCCCUCUUAUGAGUACUUGAGGCGGAUCAUUUCCCACUGGGAUGCCAGCGGUGCACUCACUCGUCUUUCUAACAAGAAGAAGAUCUUCCAGGAGCCCAAAAAAGCCAGCCAGGUCGAGCAGGUGCUGAGCGAGUUCUCUCGUUGUAUCCAGAGGUGUGCUGUGGACGGCGGCGGGCUCACGGGAGCGUUGCUGUUCUCUGUGGUCGGAGGAAAGAUGAGCGAGGGCAUCAAUUUCUCUGAUGACCUGGGCAGGUGUGUGGUGAUGGUGGGAAUGCCAUACCCCAACAUCAAAUCCCCAGAGCUGCAGGAAAAAAUGUCCUAUAUGGACAAACACUUGCCUCACAGUGGAGGCAGGAGCCCUGGCCAAGCACUCAUAGAAAACCUCUGCAUGAAGGCUGUUAAUCAGUCCAUAGGAAGAGCUAUCCGUCACCGUGGCGACUAUUCCUCCGUGGUGCUGUGUGACAGACGUUACUCUCGACCUGCUACGCUCUCUAAACUUCCUGCAUGGAUCAAAGAGCGCACCAGCUCACACACAACGUUUGGCCCUGCGUUUGCUGCCUUACGAAAGUUCUUCCUGGAGAAAAAGCAGAAGCAGGUUUAGUCUCAACUGACAUUUCUCCAGUAUUCAACUUUACCAUAGUUCAAGACCAUAGUUCAACUAAACCCAGCGCGACUCAAUCUGCAAUUUUGUGUGUAAGAUUGCUACAGCACUUUUUGCUGCUCUUUAUGUUCUUGACCAUUUUGAAACCAUCAGAUCUCUUGAAUGCUCCUGGAGUUCAAAGGUCCACCAGAGAGGCUGUUUUUUUGUUCCCAGUUCAUCAUUCUACCUUUAUUUUACAUGCCAAAUUGUAUAUUUUUUGUUACUUGUGUUCUGCUUUGGCUUCCUACCAUCUCUAGUUAAGAGAAGUGAAGAUGAAUCAGAGAAUGAUGUAUUUGAUGGCACACUGCAGACAAAGGUCAAAGGCAUUUAUUAGAUUCACUCAGGUCUAUCAAUCCUGCAGUGCCUUCUAAUUCAGUCUGGAACAUGUGAGAGGAGAAAAUGAAUAAUAAAUACUGAAUAAAUUCUGAGAAAGCACUGG